CGUUCAUUCACUCCUCUCAGCGGGAAGAGCGUCGGUACUCGAACGGUAUAGGUCUUUCUGCCACCGGGAAAGUGUACGCUACAGACGCGGUGUCCCGUAGUGGGUUGGAAGGUACUAAAACAGCCGCUCACCCCGGCCCGGGAGAUGUUCUUGAGCCAAAUCUCCCUUUGCGUGGUAUCCUUUGGAAAUGUGUAGAACCGCAACUCUCUGUCCCGAUGAGAGUUGUUGUAGCAGCCAGGGACACAGCAGACUGAACGUUAUGCCAUGGAUUCUGUAGAUGAGGACGUGUCUGCUCGAGUUCUCCUGCAAAGUGUAAUUCAUACGGAGUCCUCCAGGUCCCCAAUUACCCGCAGUGCCUCCCAGGCUCAGUUCCAGUCCCCGGGGUCCAGAGUCAGACGUAGUAUCAGACUAAGGAGGAGUGAUGUUGGGGCCCUUACACCACAGGAGGCCCUCAAACAGAGCAUCAAAAAUAAGCUUCGAGAGAGCACUUCCAGGUUUUCCCUGCCAGUGCCACCCAGUAAGAGACGGACUAUAUCAGAGGGAGUCAGGAAGAUAAACACGCCUGCACCAGCCACAGCCUCGCUUCUCUAUGAUGAUGACAUCACACCUAGAUACCUACUCAGGGGGAUCCUGCAGACAGAGCCGGAGACAUCCCUCCUGGUUCAAGACCGGCCAGUCAAGAAGGAGCCAGAGCUGCCUUACACAAACUCCAGUCUUCACAGCAACCGCCCAAGUACAGGGCUGUCUGACUUGGAUCUCCCUGACAUGACCACCACAGUAAACCUGUCAAAUACGGUGAAGGGACUAAGCAGGAAGCGACCACGUCGGAGUCUCAACAUAACAGCAUUCAACAGGCAGCUUGAACAUGAAGAUGGAGAGGGUGAAGGUGGCAGUGCAACAGAAAAAUACCUCUCAUCCCUGUCUUCUGCCUCUCCAAGCUCUAUCACCUUCUCCCUGAAAACACCCUUUGUGGAUGUUCAGACUGAGAAAAGGGGAUUUCAAAGGAAGGUAACAAAUCGUAAAAAAAUUUGCCUUGAGGAGUUUGACAAGGCCCUACAGAAUCGACAGGCGGCGAUGGGUGGAGACCCUGAGUUGAGUGUUAGGGAGGAUCAGCAGGGUCUCAGUGAGACCGUUCGGUCUGAGGGGUUCACCUCGGGACUGAGUGACCUCACCGCUCCUGACAUCACCCAUGACAUCAUCACCAGCAACACAGCGCUCUACUCCCUGCCUGUUGACACAGCAACAACCUUCACUAUCACCACCCAGGACAAAGACACCAUCACGGGAACACAGAUCCAGCGAGAAAUGGGAGGAAUGAAGGAUGAGGAUGAGAAAGAUAUGGAGGAGGUAGGGGAACAAAAUGAGGACAAGAUGGAAUUAGACAACAAAGAUGGAGAGGAUUUGGCUGGAGAUGCUGGGCAGAGAGAGGACUCAGUGAGACAGAAGGAGUCCAAAUCACAGACUGAAGAAGUAGAAGCGGUAGCUGACUCCCAGACAGAAGAAGAGGACGAGGUGGCUGAAUCUCAGACAGAAGAGGACGAGGUGGCUGAAUCUCAGACAGAAGAGGACGAGGUGGCUGAAUCUCAGACAGAAGAGGACGAGGUGGCUGAAUCUCAGACAGAAGAGGACGAGGUGGCUGAAUCUCAGACAGAAGAGGACGAGGUGGCUGAAUCUCAGACAGCAGAGGGCGAGGUGGCUGAAUCUCAGACAGAAGAGGACGAGGUGGCUGAAUCUCAGACAGCAGAGGACGAGGUGGCUGAAUCUCAGACAGCAGAGGACGAGGUGGCUGAAUCUCAGACAGCAGAGGACGAGGUGGCUGAAUCUCAGACAGCAGAGGACGAGGUGGCUGAAUCUCAGACAGAAGAGGACGAGGUGGCUGAAUCUCAGACAGAAGAGGACGAGGUGGCUGAAUCUCAGACAGAAGAGGACGAGGUGGCUGAAUCUCAGACAGAAGAGGGCGAGGUGGCUGAAUCUCAGACAGCAGAGGGCGAGGUGGCUGAAUCUCAGACAGCAGAGGGCGAGGUGGCUGAAUCUCAGACAGAAGAGGGCGAGGUGGCUGAAUCUCAGACAGAAGAGGACGAGGUGGCUGAAUCUCAGACAGCAGAUGAUGUUGCAGAUGAAGGGGGACAGGUAGUGGAAGAAGGGCAGGAAAAAAGAUUGACAUCACAGAGUUUAACACACAAUGCAAUGCACAUCAGUCGGAGAGCUUAUUGCUCAGAGGGUGGCGGCAAGGUUGCUGGAGUGAUUGAAGGAGGGAGGGGCUACAAGAGCAUGGGAGCAGCGCUCCAUCCUACAGAGACUGGUGAGUCAGGUUGGGCUGGCAGAAGGUCAGAGGGGGACACGGCUGGUGAGUGGCACAGCGGGCCGGAGGUGGGAGCUAGUGAGAGCGCCCACACCCGCACAGUAACCCUUGGCAGCGUCCCUCCCUCCCUGUUGCCCCAGGAAGAUGAGCAGGAGCUGGAAGGUUUGAGUAGAACUGGCACCAGCCGUGGCAAUGAGGAGAUGGAGAACUCCAUGCCUCCUUUAGAGAUGACCUUUGAACCUGAGAACAACGCCCCUCACAGCAGCAACUCAUCCCUGCACCCCAUCACUGCCCAGAGCCCAGCUGAGCAUGAGGAGGACUGGGAUGAUGUGGAAGAGGGGGAUGGUAUCCGGAGUGAAGAGCUGUCCAUGAAGACUCCUGCGUUUGUCAGAGAGAAGAGGAAUGCUCUGCCUAUUGACCCCCUGGCCACACCCACUGUUCUCAAAGACCUUCAACCAAGUGUUUUGUCUGGUGCUGCAGCUGCGGUGAAGCCCAAAGCGGUGAGGGGAAAGCGGACUGGAUCAGCCAAGAAGGAUCCUGGUCUCUCUAAGAGCUACAUCAUGAGCGUGUUCAAACACUUCGCCAAGACCAAGGUGUCUACAGAUGUCUACCCUGUCCUAAAGGAGAUAAUGGAGCGCUACUUUGACCGACUAGCUGAUGACUUGGAAACGUUUGCUGCUCACGCCAAGAGGAAGACCAUUGAGGUAGAGGACGUAGAGCUGCUGAUGCGGAGACAGGGGUUUCUGACUGACAGCAUGCCAGUAAAUGUGUUGAUUGAGAAAUAUCUCCCAAUGGAAUCCCGAAAGCUCCUCAUUCCCGUGGCAACAAGUGGUAACUACGUCAUUCCCAAACCGAGGAGAAAAUGAUCAGCCUAUACUGAGAAUGAUCAGCCCAAAUCAUAAUGUGGGCUGAUGUUGUAUAUUUGAUUGAAUAUCUAUGAACAGCUGUUCAUUUAUUAUUUGUAGACACUCAUUCAAACACAGCCAGUACAAGACCAUGUAACCUGGUGUAAAUGUUUUGUAUUUGUUUGAAUAUGGCUUUGUCUUUUUAUAUUUGUCGAAAAUAUUACUGCAAAAAAUGUAUUUGAUUUAUUCAGUAGUCUGGCAUUUGUAAGGGCCUUUGGAUGAGAAAGGAGACUGGCGUUAAAGCCCUGAGGUUAGGAGUGGCUUGGCUUCCAUCAAAGCAACCUGAAAGACACAACCAAUACAAGCACUGUAGUUUGUAGAUACUAAUCUAAUGCCCUCUGUUCUCAUGCUGCCCCCAGUUUUCAAAAUCGACCCAGUUAAUCACAGUACAGUCAGAAUAAAAAAAGCAAUCAUUCAAACUUUCGCAUUCGAUACUUUGGGGUGUGAUCAUUACUCCAAUUCUGUUUCAAAACGUUUUGCAACAAACCAUUUACUCCAAACAGAAUAUGCAAACGACCGUUUCUAUUGGACUAAUUCAGGUAGGCCCGUUUUCGUUUGCCUUGUUUGCUUCCGUUUGGUUCUUGGUAAACGGUCAGUUUUCAGGCAGUACACACCGACUGCGUUAUGGUACACUAGAAGUACAUUCAUUUCCAGUGGAACGCUGCGUUUGCCUUGCAGCAUUGCGUUGGAGGCAGUUGUAAUGCGUUGUGUAGUAAAUCGAAUGUAUGCAUUAAAUUGUAUGCGUAGACUAGUAGAAUGUUGAAUUUUUAUUGCACACAUAUGCAGUAAAAAAAAGUGGGAUUCCAUAAUAAAAAGUUUGAUUGCAUAAUUUCUUUACAUAUUUUAUUAAUUUAUUUGCCAAGUAGCACACA